AAAGCAAAAGUUCAGACAUCAGUGCUUGCUGGGUAUCUUCCUACCCUUUUACUUUACAACAACGCGCAUAAUUUCCUGCAAUAAUUAUGCUAACUAGGAAAAGUGUCUCCCUUCAAUAUUUUAAUUUUCUUUAAGUCCUUGUUCACAGAGAUUAUCUCACUUUCGCAAUCGCAUUAUGCAAUUGAACGGAAAAGUCUAAAGGCAAACUUCAGUAUUUCUGGGUCUUCAUCGAUCCAUUUACUUUUGCAGUGCCCCAAACCUUUGCUUAAAAUUGCUGUGAUGAGCAGAACCAGAGCUGAACUUCCUAGUUAUUUGGAGGUUUUGACAGGCUGCUAGGGGUUUCCAGCAAUGAUGAACUCCACAGGGUCCAAAUCCGUAAUGAUCAUGAAGAAAAUUAUGAAGUAUAGUGUGAUUUUGGCAGCUGAGCAUAAAAAUUGACAGUGUUUUAUAGGCAUUUUAGUGUUAGACCUUGGGGAACCUUAGAGUGCUCAAUUUUGUGGUUAGAAUGGUUUCGACUGGAAAUGGUGACGUGCCGAAAAAAGUCAGGGAUGAAUCAGGAGCAGAUGCAUCCCUGAACAGUGAUAAUACCAAAGACUAUAACUCUCUCCAUAUUUCAACAUCUAAAAGGGGACUGCUGGGUGAUGGAAAUCCUAUGAGAGGGUUUCAGUUAAUGAACCUUCCAAGAAAAGUGAAAUUCCAGAACUUCAGUUGCACUGGUUGUUUAGCUUUCCCAUCAUCCGAGUUCCAGCUGACGGCAGGCGUAAGAGAUGAAGUCCCAUCUUUUGUACCAUCUUCCACUAAUAAGGGGAUCAGAGAACACUUCAGUCGGGUUUUGCCACACAAAAUCGAUUGGGCUUCUCUAAGGAAAAUGGGCAAAGAAUGGAUAGCCAAUCCAUUUAACAUAGCCCUUCUUUUAUGGACAAGUUGUGUUGCUGUCUCUGGUGCGAUCCUUUUUCUUGUAAUGACAGGAAUGUUGAAUGGUGUCCUGCCAAAGAAAUCACAAAGAGAUGCCUGGUUUGAGGUCAAUAACCAAAUUCUCAAUGCUCUAUUUACUCUUAUAUGUUUGUACCAACACCCAAAACGGUUCCACCACCUUGUACUUCUGUGCAGAUGGCAGCCGAAGGAUAUAUCCACGCUCAGAAAGCUAUACUGCAAAAAUGGCACUUAUAAACCCCAUGAAUGGACCCAUAUGAUGAUUGUUGUUGCUUUACUCCAUGUAAAUUGCUUUGCUCAAUAUGCCUUGUGCAGCCUUAACUUGGGAUACAAAAGAUCUGAACGACCAAUAAUAGGAGUUGGUAUCUGCCUCUCUGUUGCAAUUGCAACUCCAGCAAUUGCCGGUGUGUAUUCCAUUGUAAGCCCUCUUGGGCAGGAAUAUGAUUUUGAAAUGGAUAAGGAAGCACAAGAUCAGAUUCUCACUACCAACGCUGGGCAGCCAUGUGCAAUGGAGAAGAGAUUCUCAUUUGCAUCAGGAAAUGAGCAUAGGUUUGUUGAGAAUAGUCCUGUAUGGAGAGGGGGUUUGCUUGAUUUUUGGGAUGAUAUUUCUCCAGCUUAUCUCUCUCUUUUCUGUGGGUUUUGUGUUUUUGGGUGGAAUAUGGAAAGGCUUGGAUUGGGGAACAUGUACGUUCACAUUGCAACAUUCCUUCUCUUCUGCACGGCUCCCUUCUGGAUCUUCAAUUUGGCUGCAAUGAAUAUCGAUAAUGAAACCGUCAGGGAGGCUUUGGGGGUAACUGGUGUUGUACUUUGUGUGUUUGGUUUGCUAUAUGGUGGUUUCUGGAGGAUACAGAUGAGAAAGAGAUUCAACUUACCUGCAAAUGACUUAUUUUUUGGAAAACCAGCAGUUGCGGAUUGUGCUCAAUGGCUCUUUUGUUGUUGGUGCUCUCUUGCUCAAGAAGUUCGAACUGCAGAUUUCUAUGAUAUUGUGGAAGAUAAAUUUUACAGAAAACAAAUGUGUGAAAACCACAAGCCUGCACUGUCACCUUUACCUCGCGAGGAUGGAAUAAUGCAACCUAGUCCGAGUUUUCCUCUUUGGAACAGCCCCAACCUGCCCACACUCAGGACCGAAAACUCUCCAACACCAACAAGUUUCUCAAGGGACUAUGUUAGUCCAGAAAGACAGUACUCAUUUUUGCAGGUGGAGUGUCCUAAAGGAAAUAUGUAUGACAACAGUAUGGAACCACCCGUUCCUUCACUCAUACAGAGGGCGGGUGAUGCCAAUUAAAAAAAAUAAUUACGAGGCUUCCAGGCUUAUUCUGUGCAUACAUGGCAUUCUGCCUUGAUGGGGUAAAUCAUUUUAUCAAAAACAAUCUUCUC